GCUCCCAUGUCUCAUCACGUUACGCGCGCCGACCGCGCGUGCGGCGACAUCUGUUGGUCGAGCGCUGCAAACUCGUGGACCCGCGGUCGUCGGUAAAGCAGCGUGGAGGCUCGGCUGGUCGUGACGGGUGACAGGGUGCGAUGGUGCGUGUGCAUCGUGCAUCGCAAUGGCCGUGAAGCGUCGGCUGUCGAGCUCGGAUUUAUGUUGUUGUUGUUGCUGUUGAAGCCGCCGGGUGCCAACAUGACAGGCAAGCAGUGUCAGCCGGAUGACAGCGAGAACAAUCAGUUGCGGAUAAAGCUGAUAGCGGACAAGCGCAGGGUCCUCGAGGAAAAAUCCGCACAGGUUGAGGCAGAAAUCAGGAGCUGUUUUGAAGACCUAACAAAGCUCCUGCAAUCCAGAGAGAAACAACUGCUGCGACAAGCAGAGGCCAUUCACAGACAGCAACUCUCUUUGAUAGAGACUUCAUUGGACUUCUUACCAGCAUCGGUAGUGGUUCUGAACAAUAGGAGUGAGCUAGAAGAACGGAUACGCCAGUUUGGAAAUAUUGAAACAUACGGAUCGAGCAGUAUUACAGUAAAGGAUGCGGAACCAUAUAAGGUAGUGGAUUAUCAAGAAGCUAAUAAGGACCAUGUUAGCUUCGACAAGUCGAUCACCAAAAAAUCAGACCAAAAAGCCAAAGAUCAUCUGAGCCUUCCACGUUGCAAGGAUUUUAUAUCUGACUACAGGACCGUGCGUAUCUCAAGCCUGCCUUCCACAUUCCUCGCCGAUAAUCAACCGCGAAAUGUAAAGGCCAAUGCGUUGAAAAUUUUCAAAGACACCCUAUCCAUAUCGGGAUGCUCGCCGCUUUUAAUCAUAAAACGUAAACUUGGCCUGACGCACGUGUCCUUAGAUGGGCUACAUGCAUUCGAUAAAGCAUAUUCGCGGAACGUACGGUCUUUCGGGAUAUCUUGUAAGACCGGGGAAUCCUGCGAACUAGAUACAUCGACAAACGAAACAACUGAAACUGAUUCGCGAGAAUUCGACAAGAAGAUUUUAGAUCAGAAUGAUUCCGAAUUAAUUAGAUAUCCAAAGGACCGUGAGAAAAGCUAUGAGCAUCCGGUACAGGUGCAGCAAUGGCUGCAACAGAUACUCGCGGAGACCGAGAUAGAGCCUGCGAUUCAUGAAAUCGGGCAAUUUUCAGAAAUAUCGAAGGCGAAGCUCUGUAACGAGCUGUAAUCCUAUUUGUCAAUCGAAUUAGACAUCCUUGCAUUGUGUUUCAAUUGGGGCCAAAGUUUCCAAAACGAUGGAAAGCAAACUGAAAAGGCUGAUUUACUUUAGAAUUGCCCGAUAUUCUUAAUUUAUACGAUCUCUUGUAAAGCAUAGAUCGAAAAGACAUCGUUAUGUUUGUAGCUUUUCCAUGAUCGUAGAGGAACGUAAGGAUACCAAAUUUGAGUGACAAAGAGAGAAGGAGGAGAAGAGAGAGAGAGUAAAAGAUUUAUUGUGUACAUCGAUAAACUUAGUACCUCUGCCACAGAUGCUUAAAUGUGGUAUUCCUUGUUUAUACAACGAAUACUUCGCCGUUCUCGAAAUCUCAAACAGAUUGAUUAGUGUUCUUUUGAAAAAUGUGUGCUUAAAUCCGAAUUACACAAUUAAUAAGACUGUUUUUUAUUCUACUAAAGUAUCGCGUAUUUAUUUUACCGUGUAUGUUUUAGUAGUAGUUUUCUGUAGAACUUGUGUUAUGCUUGUCGAUUAACGAAUCUUGACAGCAAAUAAAUAAUCUUAUUGCGCCUUUCUUCAAGUGAUAUCUUUUUUUAUCUUUUUUAUAAAUAAAAUUCACGAUUAUGUACGA